GCCAGUCAAACUGGAAUGAAGGUCACAUUUCUCUCCCAAACUGAAGAAGAGAAGAGCUUCCGGUUAGAUUAGUGAUCAGACAUUACGUAAGUCCGUUCUGAUUACGGGUGUUUUGAUUAACAUCGAGGGUUGAUUUAUCCAAAUUAUUUAUUCACAACGCUUGUAAGAAAUUUAAAUCGCCGUUAUCGAGUUAAAUAAUCACUUCCUGUUUUAUAUUUAGUGUUUGUUUGAAGUGGGAAGCUAGCCUUUACUUUCCAGGCUAGCAGGCUAAUUCUUUGGCUAUAAUGGAGGGUAGCGCAAGCGUGAGGAGAGCGUUGUCCGGGACGCUCGUUCCCUUAGCGAUCUCUACAGUAGCUCUUCGUGAGCCCGAGCCAAAGGAUAAAGGAAAGCUGAAGAGAAAAGUCCUCGAUGAAGAGGAGUACAUUGAGAGCUUAGAGAAAAUCAUCCAAAGAGACUUUUUCCCAGAUGUGACAAAAUUGCAAGCUCAAAGGGAUUAUUUAGAAGCAGAAGAGAAUGGAGACCUUGAGAAAAUGAGAGAGAUAUCCAUCCGAUUUGGAUCUAAUUUGACCAAAUCAACCCCACAAUCCUCUGCACCUUAUGUGACCCCAGCCAGCUUUGAAACCCCAGUGGGCUGUCCAAAAUCUCCAUCCUCCAAUCACUGCAGCAAAGUUUCUGAAGGGGAGCAUAAGGAGGAUGAUGGGGAAGACAAAAAGCUUCCCAAUCUGGACCGUUUUCUUGCCAAAACUACCAGUGAGGAUAAUGCCUCCUUUGAGCAGAUAAUGGAACUGGCAGAAGAUAAGGAGAAGCUGAAGCAUGCCUGGUUGUAUGAAGCAGAGGCAGAGUUCAAACAGCGCCACGAGAAUAAUCUGGCUUUACCACCGGCGGAGAAAGCUGCGCUAGAAUGUGUAAAAGCUGGUCUAGAGACGUGGGAGUACAAGGCAAAGAAUGCCCUUAUGUAUUAUCCAGAGGGUGUUAAAGAUGACGACAGUGUCUUCAAAAAACCAAGAGAAGUGGUCCAUAAGAACACUCGGUUUUCCGGAGACCCCUUUAGCAACGCUCUCAACAAAAGCCAGAUACAACAGGCAGCAGCUCUCAACGCACAGUUUAAACAGGGAAAAGUUGGUCCGGAUGGAAAAGAGCUAAUCCCACAGGAAUCCCCCACAGUGAACGGAUACAGCUAUGAGAGAACACCUUUGGUCGCACCUGGUGUUUCUGAGUCCCCUCUUAUGACCUGGGGUGAGAUUGAGAGCACCCCAUUUCGCUUGGACGGCUCAGACACUCCAUACAUUGAGAGAAACCAUGGCCCAUCCUUUAAGAUUCCGGAGCCAGGAAGGAGGGAAAGGUUGGGUCUGAAGAUGGCGAAUGAAGCUGCGGCUAAAAACCGUGCAAAGAAGCAAGAGGCCCUACGGAAGGUCACAGAGAACCUUGCAAGUCUUACUCCCAAAGGUCUGAGUCCAGCGCUUUCGCCCGCCUUGCAGCGGCUUGUUAAUCGGACGUCAAGCAAAUACACAGACAAAGCCUUAAGAGCCAGCUACACCCCUUCACCCUCACACAGAGGGGCAGGCUGCAAGACUCCAUUUGGACCCGACACGCCUUCGGGAACACCAACGCCCAACAAAGUCAAAACUCCCGGCUCUCAAGACCUCACAUCACUCACAGACAAUCUGCUGCAGCUUCCAAAAAGACGGAAAGCAUCAGACUUUUUCUAGAAGCAGUUUUCUGUGAACAUUGUAAAAAAGACUUUUAUAACGAGGAUUUUUCUAUGUAAAUAGUCCGUUUUUUUGCAGCAAUGACAUAAAAAAUGUGGACUGAAAUUUCUAAAGACCUAUUUAUUGCAUCUUUCUUCAUUGCUGUAAAAUAAACAUUGAUACCUACAA